UUCACCAGGUUAGGUUGUGUUUGAGUUUUUUUUUCCUCUCUCUGCUUCCCCCAUUUAUUUUCUUUUGCGCUUCAGUGAAGCUAUUCCUUCCCCGACUUCAAAUUCCCGCCUACCAGUUAUCCCCCAAAAUCUUUAUCCUUUGGCCGAGUGAGUAGUUUGCUACCGGAGUGAGUGGUCAGCUGGCCCCCUUGCCGAAAUUUGCUUAACCAUGGCAACGGAAAAUCCGGGUCCUCCUAAUCCAAAUUGCAAGAUCAUGACCUUCCGUCCAACGGUGGAAGAGUUCAAAGAUUUCAGGAAGUAUAUUGUAUACAUUGAAUCCCAGGGAGCCCAUAGAGCAGGACUGGCAAAGGUUAUUCCCCCCAAGGAGUGGAAACCAAGAAAGUCAUAUGACGAUAUUGAUGAUAUGACCAUCCCAGCUCCAAUUCAACAAGUAGUGACUGGCCAAUCUGGGCUUUUCACACAGUACAACAUUCAGAAGAAAUCCAUGACAGUUGGAGAGUACAGGAAGUUGGCCAACAGUGAAAAAUAUUGUACACCACGGCACAUGGAUUUUGAUGACCUUGAGCGCAAAUACUGGAAGAAUCUAACGUUUGUGUCUCCUAUCUAUGGAGCUGAUAUCAGUGGUUCUCUGUAUGAUAAUAAUAUUGAAGAGUGGAACAUUGGAAACCUCAACACGUUACUGGAUAUGGUGGAACAGGAGUGUGGAAUUGUGAUUGAAGGUGUGAAUACUCCAUACUUGUACUUUGGGAUGUGGAAAACUACAUUUGCCUGGCACACUGAAGAUAUGGACCUCUACAGCAUCAACUACUUGCACUUUGGGGAGCCCAAAUCCUGGUAUGCAAUACCCCCAGAACAUGGGAAAAGGCUGGAGCGACUGGCAAAAGGCUUCUUUCCAGGCAGUUCUCAGGGAUGUGAUGCAUUUCUUCGCCACAAAAUGACUCUUAUAUCGCCUUCUAUUCUGAAGAAGUACAGCAUUCCCUUUGACAGGAUUACGCAGGAGGCAGGAGAGUUCAUGAUCACUUUUCCCUAUGGCUAUCAUGCGGGUUUCAACCAUGGAUUCAAUUGCGCAGAAUCAACUAACUUUGCCACACUUCGCUGGAUUGAUUAUGGGAAAAUGGCUACCCAGUGUACUUGUAGGAAGGAUAUGGUGAAGAUAUCAAUGGAUGUAUUUGUGCAGUUCCUUCAGCCCGAUCGCUAUGAGCUAUGGAAAAACGGCAAAGACAUUGUCACUAUUGACCACAACAAGCCAACUGCUCUAUCAAGCCCUGAGAUGGAUGACUGGCUGGAACGGAAAGCAUCAUUAAAAGCAAAAAGUAUUAGAAGAUCCCAUCGGCGAAGAACCCAGACCAGGAGGCAGAAAACAGAAGACCAAAGAAUACUGAGUGAACCAGCUGCUGAAGAAACUCCUGGAAAAGAUGUGACUGAAGAUGACACCAAAAUCAAAGAGGAACACAAAAGAACAAUGGACGCAGAAGAGCACAGCAAACCCAGCAAAGUUACAAUCUUAGACCUAGACCAAGGUGACUUCACAGAUGAUUUAUUUAAUCACCAUUUUUCAGCUAAUGGCAAGCCACUGAAAACAUAUUCACGUUCCUCUAAAUCUAAAAGUGAAAAGAAAAAGAAACGUGUGGAAACAGAUACCGUAGCAGCACUCUUAACUGACGGUGCUGAAGCUACUGAACCAUCCAAAGCAGAAUCAUCCCAGGCAGAUUCUCCAUCUGCAUCAGCAAGUAUGCAAUCAGACAGUUUUACUGCUGAAGAUGAAUUUAAACCCAGAGCUAAAGCUACUAUGAUGUAUGUGCUACCUAAAUCAAAGAAGGUGGUGUUCGACAAGGAGCACAUGUCCUGUCAGCAGGCUUUUGAGCAGUUUGCCACCAGGAACAAACUACCAAUGUGGAAGGAAUCAGAGAUAAGCAGUGACGGAGUAACCAUGGAGGAGGAGGCGAGUGACCAUGAAAGUGUGGAUGUCAGUUUUGAAACUACUGAAGUGCAGGUGCCCCCAGAUUAUCCAAAGUUGAAAAAAGAGAUCACAAAGAGUCGGCGCCAUCCCUUCAGCAAGCCCCCAGCUAGGUCUCCAUUGUCUGUUGUCAAACUGGAAACAUCCAGUGAUGAGGAAAUACCCUUUUUCUCCGGUGAAGAUGAUCAGAGUGAACCAGAGGCCUGGAAGUCACCACUCACCCACCUCUGGCAAAGUCGAUCAUAUAAUUUCUUGGCUGAAAGGAAGUUUAAUGCAUCUGCUGCCCUAACUGAGCCCUACUGUGCAAUCUGUACUCUCUUCUAUCCCUAUUACCAGCCUGAAAGAGAUACUGUUCAGGACACUUUCUCAGCAGAUGGAAAUUCCUGGAAAGUAACUGCUAAGGUUGGGCAAAAGACAAAGCCAAUCAUCCCAGAAAUGUGUUUCACGUCAGGUGGAGAAAACACGGAACCUUUACCAACAAAUUCGUACAUUGGUGAUGAUGGGACCAGCUUGCUCAUUUCCUGUUCAAAAUGCUGUCUUCAGGUGCAUGCUAGUUGUUAUGGCAUUCAACCAGAUUUGGUCAAACACGGUUGGACUUGCUCACGAUGUACAGCCAAUGCCUGGACAGCAGAUUGUUGUUUGUGCAAUUUGAGAGGCGGCGCACUGAAAAGCACCACAGAUAAAAGAUGGGUCCAUGUGAUCUGUGCAAUAGCAGUCCCAGAGGUGAAGUUUUUGAACGUGUUGGAACGGAAUCCAGUUGAUGUCUCUGGGAUUCCAGAACAAAGACGCAAAUUGAAAUGUGUGUACUGCAGAAAAAAAGUGAAGACCACCUCAGGGGCCUGUAUCCAGUGUUCAUAUGAACAUUGUUCUACAUCAUUUCAUGUAACAUGUGCUCAUGCUGCAGGGGUUGUAAUGGAACCAGAUGACUGGCCAUAUGUUGUGUCUAUCAUCUGUUUCAAGCACAAAACGACCAGUCAGAAUCAAAACCAAGAUCAUUGGCUCAUCUCAGUAGGUCAGACAGUCAUUGCAAAAAAUCGAAAUGGACUUUACUACAAGUGCAAAGUGAUUGGAACUUCUGCGCAGACCUUUUAUGAAAUUAAUUUUGAAGAUGGAUCUUACAGUGACAAUGUAUACCCAGAAAAUGUUGUUAGCAGGGACUGUGUACAACAUGGCUCACCCGCAGAGGGCGAGGUCAUCCAGGUGAGAUGGACCGACAACCUGGUGUACAACGCAAAGUUUGUUGGCUCCCAGGUCAGGUACAGCUAUCAGGUGGAAUUUGAAGGAGGCUCUCAGCUGACCUUGAAAAGAGAAGACCUUUUUACAUUGGAUGAGGAGCUACCCAAGCGUGUGAAAGCACGGCUGUCACCGUUGAUGGGCUCCCAGCACGAAGAUUACAUCUCAGGAGAGGAAGCUAAGGAUGCGAAGAAAGCUCGGCCAUCAAACUCCAGGUUGCUUGAAGACUACACCCAGAAAGAUUACACCCAGAAUCCUGAAUACAUUACAUUUAUGGAAAACCUCUUUCAUUCACCUUACCAGCAGGGAUUUAUUAAUUAGGAAGAUACACCUCUACACUUGGGUUUUUGUUUUGUUUGUUUUGGGUUUUUCAGUGGGGGAAAGAAAUGCUUUUAUGCUUAGUAAAUGGAUUCAAUUUUAAAAUUGCUAUUAAAAAGACUGUGCAGUAAAUACCUGUGAGCCAUCUUCUGCGAAGGUGCUAAACAUAUUCAGAAUUGAACUACUGAAUCUGCCUUGAAGUUUCAACCACAUCUCUUGUAAAUAGAAAAACAAUCUUGAAAAGUCUUUUUUUUGAAAACCUUGGGUUUAAGAAAAGGAGAGAACAAAAUUCAGCAUUUUUCUAGCUUUUGUCUGCAUUUUCCUGGCAUAAUUGAACCAAAGCAAUAUUUUCAAUUGUUAUGGGGUGUAGUCAUAUCAGUAUGAAGGAAACCCAUUGUUACUUCUUUGACUUGUCUGCAGCAAGGCAAUUCUUCCAAGUAUCUUCAGGGACAGUACUUUUUGUUGUUAUUGGGAGGCUUUGGUGGAUAUUGAAGAAGUUUAAAACACAGUUGUAAGGACUGCCCUCCUAAACUGGUUUAAAUUUUUCUCUGAAGGCUAAAUAUAAAUCCCCUAUCUUAAAACUUGGGAUAUAAUGUAUUGAAUCCCAGAUCAAAACUGGGAUGCCAUUCUGGCUGUUCCAGUAUUGUUGAUAUACCAGCUGCUGUGUUAAUUUGUCGCUCUGUGGAUUUUAUAGUGUGUGGGGCUUUCAGGUGGCCAAGCACGGAAGACAGCUUUUUUUUUGCCCGAGAUUGUUUUAGAGCUUUAAUUUUUUUUUGCUACUUUUAAGUUGUGUGGUGAAUCCUGAUUUAGGAUGAGGUUAAAGGUAGUAGUUGUGGAGGGAGCUGAUUAACUUGAAAAGGAAUUGAUUACCCCUCAUGUUCUGUGGAAUCUUUUGGUUCCAAGGGUAGCUGUCAUGAUGUCUCUCCUGUAGGUCUCGAGAUUAGCUGUCAUGAUGUCUCUCUUGUUGGUUUCUGAGUUUGGGAGUGGGGAGGAGGUCCAUACUUUCUUACAUUGUCUUAAUUUUGUUUUAUACUUGGACAUUUGUAUUAUUUAAGGCCCAAUCCACCACUAAGUUGCAACAAAAUAAUCUAAUAACGUGAACUCAUUUGCAAUGUAAAGUGUUACCACAACGUCUGAUCAGAACAGGGCAACCUGUGUGCCAUUACUGUGGAUUUAUACCUUCAUAUAGUUUGAGUUGUCAAAGACUCAAAACUAAACAUUUGUUUUGCUUAUCAUUUACCAAAAUGAAGCACGUGUUUCACUGUUUAAAACCUUCAAGCCACUUUCUAUAAACCAUUGAUUUAAUUGAUAACCUCAAAAAGACACUAGUUUAUUAUAAAUUAAUGUGCUUUUUGUAUAUAUUUAAUGUUAUCUUUGUAUAGUUUUCUUUCUUGCUCAGUUUGAAUUGUUUCAUCUCAAUAAGCACAAAGCAUGAUGGAAGUAUUUGGCUGUGAAUUGUACCUCCUCGUGGCUGAAGUAUUUAACUCUGUGGCUCCCAUAAGAGAUCUGAAGCUGGCUGAAGUUGAGCUUGUCUUUUAUUCAUUUUGAGAGUUUACUCCAACUUUUGCUGUGCCAUCAAAUAGAGGACACUGUCAAUAGAGAAUCCACACCUUUGUAUCUCAACUAGGAAACAGAAAUGCAAAACCGUGAGAGGAACAAAAUGUUUCAGUAAUUUUUCUUUACUUUGACAUGUAGCAUCAAGUGUUUAUAUGACUGUAAGCAGCAUGUGUAGAUGUUAAAAAUUAGACCUGUUUAGAAUGCUGUCUGGAAUCAAUUCGUCAGGUCACAGAAUUAAGUCUUUAAUUUUUAUUUAGAGGAAUUGGGACCCCUCACAGUAUUUGUGUGAUUGUGAAGGAGAAAAGGGGCCGAGGGUGGAGGUGGGUGGGUUGAGAAGUGUUAGUUCCAUGUCCAGUUUAAAAUCUGUUGGGAAAUCUUUAGUAAGACUAGAAAUUAAACUGUAGAAGAUCAUCAUUAUCAUCAACAAAUCAUGUACAAAAAGCAUUACACCCCGAUAUUAAAUACUUUAAAUUAUUUCUGUUUUGUAAAAUAACAGAAUACAUAAAAACACUCACUCUUCAAAUGUCCAUUUUCAACAUUUAUUGUUAGGAAUAAGAUGUCCAGUUUAGAAGUGUGGUAGCUGUGUGUCGGCUGCAGUAGUAAAUAUGUAGUUUUUUGAGAUAGGUGUGUAGUGGAGGUUAAGUCUUGUAAUUGUAAGUGACUAAACUGCAAACAGUUUUGUUAAAACAAUCACAGCAGAAUGUGACAAUAUUUCUUCAGCAUCACAGACCAUGAAUUUUACAUCAUUUAAAAAAGAAAGACCUGACUAAGUUACACCUUGAGGGAAGAAUGUCCUAAGUUGUGCCUCAUUGACUGCAGCAAAGAAGAUUCAACAUCAUACAAUUGCUGCAAAAUUUAAAUAUUUGUUGAUUUUUGCCAACUAAUUAGAUGCAAACACUGAAAUACCUAGGAUCAAAAGAUUAGCAUAAGAUACUGGGUACCUUAACUCCUCAGCCUAGUGACGUUUGUCCCAUUCAAAUAUUGGAAUAAAUCGCCAGAGCAUAUUCUUUCAAUGCAGUUCUGUUUGUUUAGCGCAUUGAUAAAAUAAACAUUCAGUAUUGCAGGCUUUGUAAAGACCAGUGCUUGAAAUGCUGUCACUUUGUUCAUAAUGGGCAUAAGGCUUUGCAGGUUUGAAGGACUGGCUGCUUUUCAACUGUCAUCAAGAAUGAGAAUAGAAUAUUCUAAGAAUGCCAGGGAGCACCCAACAACAAGGACCAAAAGAGAUUUAACAGGGACAUCACCCCGUUCUGAAAGAGUUUAAUGUUGCAUGUGUGGUGUGUAUCUAAUUCUUAGUGUUUCCUAUAUGUAAGACCUUUGCUGUGAAUUGUGGAGGAAGCUUCUUGCUGUCUCGCUCUCACGCGCUCUCUCUCGCGCUCCCUCCCUGUCUCGCGUAAUCGCUGUCUCUCUGGCUUGCGAUCUCUCUCUCUCUCUCUCUCUCUUCAUCUCUCUCUCUCUCUCUCUCUCUCUCUCUCUCUCUCUCUCUCUCUCUCUCUGUCUGUGUGUGUCUCUCUCUCUCUCUCUCUCCCCAACACUCUCUUUCUCUCUCUCCUCCCCAACACUCUCUUUCUCUCUCUCCCCAACACUCUCUUUCUCUCUCUCUCC